AUGCCGCCAUAUUGGGUACUGUCGCUAUUUUCAAUCACCGUCCUGGGUAUUGCUGCAGAUCUUCCGUCAGUUGACGAUUACGAUGUCUUACAAUACAUCAAUCCCCUGAUCGGCAGUGCCAACGGAGGAAAUGUGUUUUCAGGUGCCUCGCUGCCAUAUGGUAUGGCGAAAGCCGUCGCGGACACAGACUCUGAAUCCAACCAAGGAGGCUUCGCCUACGAGGGUGGCAGAGUCACCGGAUUCUCAAGCAUGCACGACUCUGGCACUGGUGGUAGUCCUUCGUUAGGCAAUUUCCCUCUCUUUGCUUAUGUAAAAUGCGCCGGUGACGAUGUGAAUGGCUGUGUCUAUCCAAAGAACCAAAGAAAGACGAAGUACAAGCCAGACUCGGUCCAGGCGCACCCUGGGUAUUUUGCCAUAGAGCUGGCAUCGGGGGUCCGGGUCGAUAUGACAACUGCACACCACACGUCCCUGUUUCGCUUUCAAUUUCCAACCGAUCAGAAUGCCAGCCCAUUGAUCUUGUUGGAUCUCACAGAUCUGUCGAACUCCCGUCAGGAUAAUGCGACCAUCUCGGUAGACAAUCUAACGGGCCGUAUGACCGGUGAUGCGCGAUUUGCUCCUAGCUUUGGGUCCGGAUCGUACGUCUUGCAUUUCUGUGCGGACUUCAAAAGCCUUGCAGCCCAGAAAGAUAGCGGGAUCUUUGUCAAUUCUCGUGCUAGUGCUGGUGUCCAUGAUUUGAAGAUCUCGCGCAGUAUUAAUGGGUACCCGCUCCCAGAAGGGCUGACCGUAGAUUUGGAGGGUGGUGGGUUCAUCCGCUUCAAGUCCGCUCCGGACAAUACGGUCCUCGCUCGAGUUGGUAUCAGCUUCAUCAGCACGGAGCAGGCUUGCACUCAUGCGGAGUCUGAAAUUCCACACUUCGACUUCAACGCAACCCGCCAGACAGCAGUUGAACAAUGGUCCGAAAAGAUGCGUCCAAUCCGUGUCUCACGAACAAACAUCGAUACAUCCGUUCUAUCUAAUUUCUAUAGUGGGAUCUACCGGACUAUGAUCAACCCUCAGAAUUACACAGGCGAGAACCCACUCUGGCAGAGCAGUGAACCUUAUUUUGAUUCGUUCUAUUGUCUGUGGGAUUCUUUCCGUUCUCAGAUUCCAUUUCUCGCCAUCUUCGACCCUUCCUCGGUAAUACAGAUGGUGCGCUCACUCAUCGAUACCCAGCGCCAUCUAGGCUGGCUGCCGGACUGUCGCAUGUCAUUGUGCAAAGGAUACACCCAAGGCGGUUCUAACGCCGACAAUGUCCUGGCAGAUGUCUAUCUCAAAGGCCUCAGAGAUGGCAUUGAUUGGGAGGCUGGGUAUGCCGCUGUCCAAAAGGACGCCGAAGAGGAGCCCUACGACUGGUCCAGCGAAGGCCGCGGGGGUCUUCGCAGCUGGAAGGAUCUACACUACAUACCCGUAGAAGACUUCGACAACGAGGGAUUCGGCACAAUGACUCGCAGUAUCUCACGUACACUCGAGUAUUCCUAUAACGACUUCGCCAUCGCGCAAAUGGCUCGCGGCCUGAACAAGACAGCCGAUGCACAGCGGUAUGAGCGACGAUCGCGAUACUGGCAAAACCUAUUCAAACAGGACCAGACCUCUGUUUGGAAUGGCAAGGAUACUGGCUUUACCGGUUUCUUCCAACCAAAGUAUCUGAAUGGAACAUGGGGUGUUCAAGAUCCCCUCGCAUGCUCGAACAUAGACCAGAGUGGACGCGCCUGCUCACUGCAAAACACCGCAGGCGAAACCUUUGAAUCCAGCAUCUGGGAAUAUCAAUUCUUCGUCCCCCACGACAUGCACACCCUAAUAACGCUCCUUGGCGGCCCCGCCAACUUCGUCACCCGCCUCGACUACCUUCACGACCAAAACAUAACCUACAUCGGCAACGAGCCCGCCUUCUUAACAGUCUUUCAAUACCACUAUGCGGGUCGACCCGCAAAAUCCACUUCCCGCGUGCGCACCUAUAUCCCAGACUACUUCUCACCCACGCCGGCCGGGCUACCGGGCAACGACGACUCAGGCGCAAUGGGAUCGUUCGUCGCCAUGGCGAUGAUGGGAUUGUUCCCGAACCCAGGCCAGAGCGUGUAUCUACUCACGGUGCCGUUCUUCGAGACCGUUAGUGUUAUUUCUCCGUUGACAGGCAAAACGGCAACGCUGAGGACGGUUAACUGGGCUGAGUAUAACACGCCUAAUGCCACUGGCGGUGCGGCUGGGGGGAAUGGAUUUAUUCAGUCUGCGACGCUGGAUGGGAUGCCUUAUACCAGGAAUUGGAUUGGCCAUGAUUUUUUCACGGAGGGACGGGAGUUAAUUCUCGUUCUUGGAAAGGAGGAGAGCGAGUGGGGGACUAAAUUAGAGGACUUGCCGCCUUAG